AUGGCUCAUAUUUUGAACUGCAUCUUGGUUGUGUUCAUCUUUGGUACAAGUAUGGUUAAUGGUCAGGACCCAGUUGUACCGGGCCCAGUAGUACCGGCCCCAGUAGCAGGAGCGGGAGUAACAGCGACACUACCCAGUGGUUCGAAUUCAUAUGCGAAAGAUGCAGUAAUCUUAUACAGCCGAAUUCUUUGUCCGGAUAAUAAUUAUAAUGCUGGAAAAUAUAAAGCUACCGUGGCUGGUAAUUACUUGGUGUCUGUUACCAUGAUGUCAGGUACUGUUGCCGCUCACACGACUCUUAGGAAGAAUGGAGCUAUUUAUGUGUGGCUAUAUACUGGUAACCGAUAUGAUAUGGCAACCCAAACUGUCUGCAUGCAACUGGCAGUGGAUGAUGAGAUUUGGGUACAGAUGACCAACGCGGCAUCGAUUCUCUUUGAUGUUUAUAACACUUUCACUGUAGUUAAGUUACCUUGA